UCUGUGUAGCUACCGUAACUUGUCUUUGUUGCUCCAGGAACGCAGACUUUUUAGGAUGUCUGACUAAAGACGCGGAAAGUGCGAAAUGACUAGAUGACAGCCAAGGCGGAAAACUAGGGACUGGGAGAAGAGAUUAGCAUUUGAUUCAGGAGACUGACUAAAGGAGAUUGCUCUCACCAAUGUGGAUGGUUAUCUUCCGACUGAGGACACACACAGAACAAAAAGAUGGAACAGAUAAAGUGGCCUUGUGAAUGCCUGCCCAAAUAUCAGAUUUGAAGAUAAUGGAUGAAGAUCGCGUAAUUGAAGAAGCCUUGGAUAAGUUUGUUAAUUCUCAUGAGCAAACAUAUGAAGAGUUUCUGAGCACUUUUACUUAUCUUUCAAAAGAGGAUAAUGGGAUGACAAGGGGAGCAUUUGGCACAAGUUCUUCAGAAAAACUUCCUUCAGUAAAAUGUACUCAUGAAAAUGAACCAAAUGACCACCACCAUCUGGGAAGUAAAAUCAUAUUUCUUCGUACUUCCUCACAAUGUUUGGAAGAACAGAUAGUGGCGGAAGAAGGCCAAAAAGUUGGCAUUUUCCUUCAAGGUGAUCUGAAUCGGGCAGGAAAGGUGAAGGAAGACCCUCUCCUAGACCUAGAAGAUUUGGAUGUGGAUGAAGAGAUUAAGCCUCGCAUGAGCAAGGGUGCAUUAGCAGGAGCUGGAUUGGAAGUGGAGCAGCCAGGACUUGAACUGGUGCCCAUAUGGAAUGCCGGUAACACAGAUUUGCUGCUGCUUCCAGGAGAAGUGGAACAGGACAUACAAGCCAGUGUUCCUCCCAUGGACCAGCCUCUCACCCCUCAUGUGAAGCCAAAGCCCACUGUAAAAGGAACAGUCGUGGAAGAGAUACCCAGAGCUGAAGUUCAGUCCUCCUUGCUUGAUGAAGGAGAUGAAGUUCAAACUUUCUGUCUCGAUGAAGAAUUUGAUUAUGACAGUGUGACCCUAACCCCGAAGUUCACUCCUGCGGAGAUAGAGAGCAUCAAAGAGCUAUCCAAGCAAAGGACAGAGAACACCAACGUAAACUUAGAGGAAGCCAGCGACUGAUUCACUAAGGCAUUUUUGUUUUUAUUUUAUUUUGUUCUUGCACAAGCAACUUUAAAAUAAACCUACCAUCAUUACCUUUGUGGAAAUUUA